AUGUAUGCGCAUAAAAUCAAUUUUUUGGCGGGGGAGAGCAGAUCCCGUACUUUCCGCUUACCACCACCGCCGCGUUCCUCAAUGUCUACCUCACAGUCAUCUUCAACAGUCCAGGGUUCCUCCGGCGAUGUCAUUGUUGACUCCCGGCUACAAAACCUAUACGCUAGUCUUCAUAGUCUCCCUGAUAGUCUCCCUGAUCAUCCGGAAAUCUAUCCUUUCGCUGAUAAGUUUGCACUUGAUCAGUAUGAUAUUGAGUUCUACGGCUUGAGUCAAGGGGCUCUUAAUCACCGACUGGAGCUUAUAUUUGGGUCUCAAAAUGCUGGCAAUGUAAUUACAUUCAAGGGGAGAGGGCAAUUGCUUGAAGCUAUAGUGUACAUAUUUAAGAAAUAUAUUGAUGGAGAGAAUGGAGAGAACAUACCGCUUUGGAAAUGGGUAGAUGAUCUCACUCAUGCCGCUACGUCAAUACCCCGGACAGAACCUGUACAACAGUUACAGAUAAAACCGUCUGUUGUGAAGUUACAAAAGCCGUCAUCAACACAAUGCUUGGGUGGUAAACGCCAAAGCAUAACACAAACAGCUCGUAAACGGAGAUCCAACGCAGCUGUGAGGGCUGCAAAGGAAUGGCCUCACAACCCUGCCAAUUUAAAGGACUACACACAAAACAAUGGCCUGCAUGGGAGAGAACGGGAUGAGUUUUUGGACAGGCUUACUAUAGCUUGCCAUUCAAAACUUGAUACGUCCCAUUUACGGUUUGCAUAUUCAAGCAUGCUUGUUGAUGUGAAGGAAUUAGUACCAAGCUGCAAGAUGAGGUGCAAGGGGUUGGGUGUCACUGCCCUUACCACACACCAAAAGGAAGAGCGCGCAAAUCAUGCCUUGCUUAAGUGGCUUUGUGAUUGUAUGAUUCCUCCAUCUGCAGUGGACUGUUUGCAAUGGCGGGAGUUUGUAGCAACACUUGAUGACAAUGUCAGGACGGCAUCAGGGACCACUAUCUUGGAUAGCUUUGUUACUACCAAGGCAGCAUUUAUCCAUCAAGAAUCAGUGAAACUGCUAUCACAGAGCAACAAUCUUACGUUGUCUUUUGAUGUCCCAUCAACCCGUGAUGCACACUUACUUGAUGGAAAUGAGGCCACAGGAGUCUCGCAUACAGCGGAGCACCUCUGUGCUGUUUUAGAUAAGCAUCUUAGAGAGAUUGGACCCAAGAAGUUCUUGUGCAUUGUUUCCGACAAUGCUGGGAAUACACGCGCAGCAAGAACACUCAUAGAACAGGAAUAUCCAUGGAUUAUAGCCCUACAAGAUGCUUGUCACCAUUUGAGCAACACAGCAAAAGACAUUGGGCAACUAUCACAUUUUCAACCAUGUAUCCUGAAAAUGAAAUCAGUUGUAACACAUUUCCAUACCUCGACUUUUGCAGCACGUCAUCUUUCAGCUCUCUGCGUCCUCCAUAAUGUGUCCAAAGCACUCAUCUCAGUUGGAAAUACCCGCUUUGUAUCGCAUUUCUAUGCUGCUCAAUCUGUGCUGAGCUGCCUGCCCCUCAUCCUCCAAUUAUUAUUGUCAGAAGUCCUUGACUUAAACUUGUCCUCACCAAUCUAUUGGAUGCUUGACCGGGAGUUGGUUGACUGUUUUACAACUGAGCUACGCCAGUUGUGUGCCAUUCUGGAACCAUUUGCCCGCUCGAUCAAAUGCCUAGAGUCAAGCCAUUCCACUCCCGCCGACGUUUACUUAUUCUGGUUGGCAACAAUUGCUCGGCUCCAUGAACUCUUCAAGAACAACUCAACUAUCAACGGAGUGGGGCUUCCAAAAUUAGUGAUGGAAGAUAUCACCGGCAUUGUAAAUUCCCGCCAUCAAGAAAUGUUUCAAAGUGUGUCAGGUCCAAUUUAUCUUGCCUCUUUUUUCCUUGACAUCCGCUUCCAAAGUAGCAAUGUAUUUCUAGGGCUAAGUGCAAUUUCAGCACGCACUACAGUCACUCCCAAAAUUCUGGCAUCGGACAGCAAUCUUUGGCGCUUGCUCCCAGCAUAUACCCUAGCUGGCACUUACCUGAUCAAACUCUUGGGUCGUCUUUAUAACAAAGACCCCAAUGCCAGCCCCUUUUUGCAUUAUUGUAGCUGGUCCAACAUCCAAGUAUCAUUCCAGCGCCAACUUUGCUUGUUUACGCGUGGCCUUAGCCCAUUUGACAGGCGUUACAAUGGUACUCAAACGGCUUGCAAAUACUGGGAGAAUCUCCUCUCAGUACCUUCGGCGGACCUGCUUGCCAUGGUAGGAAUUGUACUUGCAAGUAUUGUGCCCAACUCAAUGACCAAAGAGAGAACCAUGUCAACAAUAACAAAACUCAACUCACCCAAUAGAGCCUCUCAGAAAGUAUCCACGCUGAUUGACAUGGUGACAAUCCGUCAACAUUAUAGGCGGGAGGAAGCUCUCACAAAUCCAACAACUCAGUUGUUGCGACCUACAGUCCGCUUCGCCGACCUUACACCAGCAGCGCGAAUCCUUACACCGGAUCUUAGCUUGGCGGAGGGCGAAGGCGAUUCUGAGGACACAUCUAGCAAUGCCAAAUACCUAGGGGGAGUCGCUGGAACGUCCCCAGUAGGUAGUCGAAACUACUUCGAGGUGGAGCGCGAAGAUGGCGUUUUUCUAGCCUCCAAGGCACUUUUCGAAGCGCUAUCUGAUGGUCAGAGUAAUUCGCAGAAGAUGACUCAUCCCCUCGAAUCCCCUACUCGUCCUGAACCCACUCGAAAACAUCAACGAGUGGAUAUCGAUUCCAUAGUUUUCUAA